AUGCUUUCUGCGCCUGUGUGCCGACGUUGGAUUCCGUGCAGCCCGGAAAGGCGACGGAGGCUGGCGACGUUGGUGACGCGCCGGGCAGUCCCAACGCCCCCCAUCGUUCCCACAAUCACAGACUUGCGUCUACACCAUCCGCAAGGUUACGAACAUGAGCCUUUUGUAUUGCUCCUGCCUGCUUGUCCCACUGGUUGUCUCUCGCGGCGCAAUCUGACGCGCCGGACAGGCGCCACAUCAUGGGAGGUAAACACUUCGCCACCUUCAGCUUCCAUGCUCUCACCAUCCCAUACGUGUAUCAACAAUGCGAAGACAAACACCAAAUGUGUCAGCAGAUGCACCCAUAAUUAUAGCAGCUUGCAAGAGCCAACGACACCGGCGAUGGGGAGAGGCGACUCCACGCGCACUGCAGACCGCGCGCACAGUGGGGAGGUGAGCAAUCACGUCCACAGAUUCCGUGACCAGCGGUCCAUUGGGACAUUUUUGGGGGAAGACGGGAUGGCUCACUGGGAGGCAGUAGGAUUCCCGUUCCAUUUCGAAGGAUCCGAGUCGGACGGCCGUCACGCGGCUGGGGAGCCGGCGCGACAACAGAGCCCCUCGAGAAGUCGAAACAACGUGUCAUUAAACAAAAGCUUCAUCUUCACAGAUAGGGCAGUCAACGGCUUGUAA